AUGGUUCCGAGUGAUUCUGGCAUUUGGAAGGGCGAGGAAGAGCGAAGCGGCGUCUCCUUCUCGAGUGGUUCCCCUUCUCCUGCGCCAAGUCCUCCAUUGCUUUAUCCAAAUUUAGGUGGUGAUCCUUCUGCUCCACAGUUUGUUACUCCGUCUUUCACCUAUACGCCCUUCUACUGGUGAGUCCUUCCUGCCUAUUUGGCCAGUUGUUGACGAGUUGGCGUGGCGUCUAUAGCUUUUCUGGCUGUGAUUUCUUCUUCAUCUGAUUUCCUCAUAUAGUUUCAGCAAGUGGCUUUUCAUAUUCACCUAGUUCAUGCCUAAACCUUCAGAGUAUCGCCGCUGAAGCUUGCGAACCAUAUUUAUGGCUUGGUGUGGCCAAUUGAGUGACAAGAUCUAUUAACUGGCCUGACUGACCUUAUACGGGAGGAGGUAAGUAGUGAAUGAGGGUCUGUCGAUGUUGUACAGUGAGCACCAGCAGUUAAUGUGUAAAAUGUUACGACGGAUUUUGAUCAUAGGUACCAAUGGAUGCCGUAAGAUUUCUCAUAGACCAUGGUGAGAAGAGUUCCUCAGGGCAGAGAUCAAUUUGGUUUACAGUUUUAGGUGAGAAAAAAACCAUGUAAUAGUUGAGAAUGCACAAAGACUUUGGAGUGAGAUGGGAAUUGAUAUGAAAAUGAUCUGAUUCUUGUAGAUAACUCUGGGAGUCAUGUGCAUAUGGAUGAGUAGAGAUUUCCUCUGAAAGGACAGGAUUUAUCUAUAAUUGCAUUCCUUCAUAGGAAGUGGUGGUACACAUGUAGACCAUGCUUUUAUAGCUGAGAUUAUGUUUGUGAUGUCUGAGGGUGUUGGGGGAUAUAGACUUGGCCCUACCAUUAACAUUCUCAUGGUCAUCUCAUCUUUAUAGGUUCAUGGAGACAGCUCAUUUCAUAUAAAAUGUAAAACAUAUUCUUAUUGUUGCAACUUUCAAAGUUGCCCCUAGCGAUUUGACAAUCAAUGUCUAAGAUUUCGAUUUUAUAUAAUUCAUUUAGACAUCCAGACGUGUUGCCUCAUUUGUAGGAUUUCAGCCUGGGAAUAGUAGAUGGAAUUUUCAUCACGGAGGUUCAUCUGAUCUUUCUUCUCAUGGAUACUUUUAAACAGUAUGUGUGCACUUAUGUUCACAGAGUGCAUCGUAGCAUCUUAAAAUCAUGCAAUGAGAUUCUCUGUUGGGCCUCAUAAGGGAAUUUGCAAGAUGAGAACUGAUGUUCACCAAAAGUGCUUCGUUUCAAUCUGUUUUUUGCUUCUUAUUUUGUGCAGACUUCAACUGAUUGUUUCUCUGCCAAUAGUCAUUAAAACUUUCUUGCUUGACGCGUGCCUAUCAUUUCUGACCAAUGCUCUGAUUUUUGGUUUCUAGAUGGAAGUUACUUUACCGUUUGCAUAAGGAUUGACCAGAACCACACAUCUAAUGUAUUUUCUGUCCAAUGGUAGCGAGGAGAACGUAUAUUUUCUUUGCAAGAAACUGAGCUUGUUUGGGAUUGCUGAUCCAAAGUCAAAUGAUCUUUUUGCUGUGUUUAUCUCUAAUGAGGAGAAGCAGGCAAGUUCCUCAUAUUGUUAUCAGUUUCAUUGAGUUCUGUUAUUAUUUUAUCUUUCAACAUCUUAAGAUGAUUAGAAAUAGAUUAUAUACAAACCGAACUUCAAGAAUUUGUAUGUGCUGUGCUUGAGCUCAUUAUUCGUGUACAGUGUGACGUCCUUGUUCUAGAAAGAACGAUCUUGAUAUUGACAGUCGAUCAAUACAGGGAGAAAGGAUAUUUGUAUGUUUUAUGCCUCUUCUGCUUUUACUUUCUUUAUCAGAAUGAUUUAUAUGUGAAAUUUUGAAGCGUGGCAAGGGAGUUAGACUACCUGUCUGCAUUCAAGCAUGAUGGGGUCAUUGGCUAUUAAUUUGAAAACCUUCCAAAUGUGGACCAGGGGGCUGGAAGAUUGGAGAGGAUAGAAGGAGAAUGUUGAGUUAAAGAAUCCUAAUAUCAGAAAGUGGCAAUAAAAGGAAAAACUGGCAACGGAACAACUGAGGGUUCUGAGUUCAGGUUCAAGUGUGCUAUGAGAAAACCUAAUGCAUUAGAUUUUUGGAGGCUGCAAUAAAGAAUGUUUUGGGUUUGGUAUUUGAGUACUUGAAAAGUUGCGUGGUCAUGCAAACCCUGUUGUCAGCGUCAUACAUGGCAUGGAUCCAACAUUUAAAAAACUGGGUACCCUUUAAAUAGUCAUAUAUUGUUCAGAGAUCUUAACUCCUAUAGAGAAUUGAAACAUUUAUAUCUGAUGAACUAUUGGAUGUCAGUCGGGCUUGGCGAAAAAUGUGUGCAUGUGAAGGUGAUAAGAAGGCCGGUCGGCAACUAUUGACUACCAGAGACAACCUGAGCGAAAGCUCUUCUGUAUUUGCUGGAGUUGGACGUGCAACUCCAAAACAGUAACAAUCACAUUAAAAUUCUUGCAAGUGAUGGCAUCCUUGGUUUCAUACGGAGGUUCAUCCAAGGAAGAGACGUGGACAGUGUGUUGUUUCUGAGAGAAAGGAUGAAGGAACUCAUAUAGUCAUUCAGCAAUAGGCAGAAAAGAGAAGAUCAGUUGAUCAGAGAAUUAUGAGACUGCUUGCUCUCUGACUGCUCCAAGUACAAGUUGUAGAGGUGAUCGAGUUGCCAUGAUUAUCCAGAAAUUGACAAUGGAAACAUGUCUUGUUUCAUUUAUUAAAAGCUCAUGGUACCAUAAAAAUUGCCACUCCCACCUUUUGGUCACCUAAAGCUAGUGGCAGGAAUACCAUAGGAACACUUUGGGACUUGUCUCUUCUAGACGAGAAUCAUUCCACUUUUGUGGAAUUGUACUCUUCUGGAUCAUCAAAUGCGAAACCCUUUACCUUACAAGAAUCAGGGCUGGAAGAAAGAAUAAUCGAAAAAUAUGAAUCAAAAGAAAGUUAUGAACUCUUGACGUGCCAAAUCACCAUUCGCUUGACCAGUGAAGGUUAUCUGUGAUAUGUAAACUGAAAUCAAUGGGUUCAGAUGACCUCAGUUACUUAAGGGCGCUAAAUCAAUUGAUUAUCCUGAGUUUACCAAUCUCUUUAAAAUUGCUAACUAGGUUGUGUAAGUCACUCUUUGGCAUGAUCAUACAAUUUAGUUCAUGAAACCUAGAGAAUCAAGCAAAAAACGUUGUAUAUAUAAAGGAAGGAACUUUGAACUUUGAACUUUUUUCAGAGGUUCCAUUCAUUGUACAUCCUGUAAAGAACUAAAAUUUUGCACAAUUUACAUAUUAAAUAUCUUUUCAACCUGUCAUCUUUGAAAUCAGCUCAAAUGUUUCUCUCUAUUGAUGCCUAAUAUUUUCUUUAUCCAAACCUUUAUCCUCUCUGCGUGUUAGCAUUUGUUCGAGCUGGUUUUAUCUGAUGAGGUGGACAGAUUUCAGUUAAUCAGACCUGGCUGACACUUUGUUGACCCCAAUACAUCUCAUCUGGGAUCAUAUGAAGAGGGAUGGACAUGAGGAAACGUUCACGCCUAAUUUUUGCAUAUCAGUCGACAAUAAAUGAUACCUUAUCGAAUGCAAAAACAGUACAUUGUGUUAUCGGUGUGUGAUCUCCUGAACAAUGGGGAUCAGCUAAGUUGGCUACCCCAUGGUUGGGUCGUAUCCUAUAAAACAUGAACUUGACUUACGUUUGUGUUAUACCCACUUCGGUUAUUCAUUGAAACUCCUUCGUAUUUAUGCCUUGUUUAAGAUUUCAUCCACUCUAUUUAUAUAUCCUCAUUUUUCAUCAAUUAGGUUCCACUAUUUCGUCAAAAGGCAAGCAAAAGGGUCGAUGGAUUAGUUGUUUGGGAUUAUCACGUGAUCUGUAUUCAGGUGAAAAGCCGUCCUCAAUUCACCUAAUUGGGCUUUGAAGGAUUCUUAAUUUUUGUGCAUUAUUGAAUUUUUAUGAGGUUUGAUGUUGCUCCACAUGACGUACUGACUGUUUUUCGUACGGACGCCCCUUGAAACAUGAUUUCAGUCCAGAAGAGAUGGGGAAGGCCGUGUUAAACAUGUCGUAUGGGAUUUGGAUUCAAAUCUACCAUUUCCCUUGGAUCUCAGCGAUUACAUGGCUGAAACUAUUCGGCCAUUACUCUCAUCUUCUUUUACGCUAGACAGGUGACGUUAUUGAACACAUAUGCUAGUAAGUUUUCGUUAUGCAUCUUUGCUUUGGAGUUCUAUUAUGCAUGCUUGAUCACUACAUCUCAAAUGCCAAAAGCUCAAGCUGCUGCCUCCAAAAUAACAUCUCCCUGUUUGGUUUAUCUGAUGCUCCCUCAGUCUUGUCACUUUUCGUUGUUUGAUUUCAUUAGUAUCUUUAAAGGCAUGACCUCUGUCAAAUUCGUGGUUUAUUGAUUCGACAAGUCUUACUCAAGCUGAUUUGUAUGAAUCAGCCAAUGUCUUGGAUUUUUCCAGCAGUGGCCUGGCUGUGGAUCAGACAAAUCAACUUGGGUUCCAGACCUCUGAAGAUUUGAUCUAUAUGACCUCGGUUCCCACACACUAAUCAGAUAGGGCUAAGGUCGGGUUGCCUGUGAAUCUGGCCCAGUCACAUGUGAUUUGUGCUGUACGAAAUGACUUCUUGUGAUAGUACCUUCUUAGUCGAUAAAAAGGUGUGAAAAGUAAGAAAGAAAUAUACUUAGGAAGUUCGAGUACAUCUGUAUAUUAUAUGUACAGAUAGAUAUGAAUGAAAGGCCAAGUGAAAUUAGUUUAAUGGGAAUUUGUGGUGGGUCAGCAGUAGGCAGCAUCUAGUUGCGGUAGCUAUCAGGGACCGCAAUAGCUACUAGGAGAGUCAGCGGUGGUUUGUGUGGCUCUGGGAAUGAUUAUUGUCCUCAGUGGACCAAUAAGUGAUGUCAGCUCACAGGCGUAUUUGAUGUCCUUUUUUUCCCCCUUCUUUCUUUCUUAGUUUUUCUUCUGCUUAUUGUUUCCGUCCGCUCUUCCUGUUGCUCUUCUUACAUGAGAAUAUGACAGGUAGGAAGCACAUUGUGUAUUGAAAUUUAAAAAUGUAGAGUAUAGAUCUUGGGAAAAGAUGAAGGGAAAAAGACAGAACAUGUAGAACUAAAACGUAAUUUAAUAGUUUCUCUCGUAAUUUACUGUGUCCUUAUCAUCCCCUUCAGGCGUUUAUCUUUCAUUGGGAUUACAUUUUAUAAAUUCUAUCCCUGUCAUCACAUAAUGUCAACAGAGCAUUUUCUUGCUGAGAUGAAGUUUUAAAUAGAUCAGCAUCAUAUAAAUUCAUGUGUAUGGAACCAAAAUGUUAAUUACAAGCGUAUGGUGUAAAUACGAUGUAUUUUAAAGGUAUAUAUGCCGAUUACAAGAGAAUUUUAAGGUAUUUUAUUUAUAAAAAUCUGAUAAAAUUCUUUUGUUGAAGAGUGCAGAAUAAUUGAUCUCGAUAAAGGCUUACUAAUUUUCCCAAGGUGUUUAUUAAGUAGAUAUUAAGGGGGUUUAUUUUCUCAAUUGUUCUUAUAAAAUUGGUGCAUGAUUGGAAUGAUCCUUGGAUUUUCUGAAUAUCAAGUGACAUCAGUUACUAAUAUAUCAAUUGUUCUCUUUUCUUAUUUUUCCCUUCUCAUUCUUUUAAUUUAUUGUCAUGCAGAUAUUUCCGAGUCAUUCAUGCUCCAAUAUUUCUACAAAGUUUUGCAUCUGAUAGAAGUCACAUGAAAGAUCCUUCCGGAAACUGGCUUUGUCCGCCUCCCAACUAUGAUCCCGUUGUAGCUGAAGGUGCGUUCAUCCACAGUAUAUCACUAUUUCUCAGAUACAUCUCAGAAAGGAAGCUAACAUCAUCAUUUUUGGUCCUUUUUUUUUAAUUUUUAAUUUUGACUAAACCAUGAUUUCACGUAAAUGGCAUCAGUGAAUGGCGUAGGCAAUAAAAUCAGGUGAAGUGCCAAGAAAGAUAAAAUAACACAAACUAUAGCAAUACAUAGCAGCUAUUCAAAGAAAAAGAAAAAAAUAUUCAAUCGUCCAAGUAUAUAAUCUAUCACCUUUGGCUUUGCAAACUUUCUAGUUGAAAGCUUGAUCCUUCAAGAUGAUCAUUUGGGUCCGGUGGAUCUAAUCUCCAUGCAAGUCCUUUUAACCUAUUUAUUUAUGUCUGAUUAAUUCUUUACAUAGAACAUGGGCUCAAAUUCUGUAUUUAGCCUCAGUAAGUGCAGUAUCAGUCUCCUAAUUUUUUUUUCAUGACUUUUGAUGCUUAUUUUUACACUAUCUUGGCAUUGCUUACAUCGUGUUCUUGUGCACUUAACUGGGAAAUUAGCCCAAUUACCCACUCGUUGCCACUAUGUUUAAGAAGAACACUGGACGCUGGUCAAAAUAAAAAUCUCUUUUCUAGACAGACACCAGCAAACUCCAGUUAAUGAGCUAUACAAUUCGCUCUGCAUUGUUCUGCGAUCAUUCAUCUGUUCUAUUCUUUUUUCUCAGUUUUAGACCAUCAUUGCUUCCUGAUGAUUUUUCAACACAUAUUUUAGUUAAGAACAUACUACUGUCCUUGCCAUUUCUUUUUUUCUAUUAUUAAAAUUCGAAUGAUCUUCAAUGAAUUUGCCAAAUGCUUCUUGAUAUUUUUAAUAUUUAAAUCAUCAAGUGCUCAUUGAUGCUUCUUGAUAUUUUUAAUAUUUAAAUCAUCAAGUACUCAUUGAUGCUUCUCGAUAUGCUGACGAAUUCUGUGUAUCUCGUAUUCCGCUAGAUGGCACUGCCAACAACAUCAAUGAGUACAUCCAGAUCCAUGCCACAGACCAAAUCACCGACAGAUCCCUCCUAGUUGACUCUUUGUUCUCCAGAAAGCUGGGUGUCAUAGUCGGAGAAGAGAAACUAGUUGACCUAUUCUCAUGGAUCUCUAGUUCCUAA